UUUCCUUUUUACGACUAGGGAUCAGUUAUCAAAAUUCAUUCCGUGAAGGAAUCGGGAGACUGUUUCCCGCAUGUGAAGGUGAUAACCUGGCGACAAAUUCGGAUUAGCCCGACGUGUGCCCUGGAUUCGUGCGUCGCGGUUCCUGGGCAUUUUACUGUAAAGUGACACGGUGGAGCCGAGUAUGCCGUUGCCUUCACGUGCGCGAAUUUAUGCUGACGUGAACUCACACCGUCCCCGCGAGUAUUGGGAUUACGAGAGCCAUGUAAUCGAGUGGGGGCAACAAGAUGAUUAUCAGCUCGUUAGGAAGCUCGGCCGAGGAAAGUACAGUGAGGUGUUCGAAGCCAUAAACAUAACCAACAAUGACAAGUGUGUCGUUAAAAUUCUAAAGCCGGUGAAAAAGAAGAAAAUUAAACGUGAGAUCAAGAUCUUGGAGAACCUGCGUGGUGGCACAAACAUCAUAUCCCUGCAGGCUGUCGUCAAGGACCCGGUGUCUCGCACGCCUGCUGUGAUCUUUGAGCACGUGAACAACACGGACUUCAAGCAGCUGUAUCAAACUUUGACGGACUUCGACAUUCGGUACUACAUGUACGAACUUCUGAAGGCGCUUGACUACUGUCACAGCAUGGGUAUCAUGCACCGCGACGUAAAGCCCCAUAAUGUGAUGAUCGAUCACGAGAAUCGAAAACUGCGAUUGAUCGAUUGGGGCCUGGCCGAGUUCUACCAUCCAGGGCAGCAGUACAACGUCCGCGUGGCAUCGCGCUACUUCAAGGGACCCGAACUGCUCGUAGAUUAUCAAAUGUAUGAUUAUUCACUGGACAUGUGGUCACUGGGCUGCAUGUUCGCGAGCAUGAUCUUUCGGAAAGAGCCGUUUUUCCAUGGACACGAUAAUUACGACCAGCUCGUGCGGAUAGGUAAGGUUCUGGGCACGGAGGAACUGUAUGAGUACCUGGACAAGUAUCAGAUUGAGCUGGACCCAAGAUUCAAUGAUAUUCUUGGGAGGCAUUCACGAAAACGGUGGGAAAGAUUUCGACAUCCGGAAAACGAGCACCUUGUGAACGCGGAGUCAUUGGACUUUCUGGACAAGCUUUUGCGCUAUGACCACCAAGAGAGGCUCACUGCCCGGGAAGCCAUGGAGCAUCCCUAUUUUUAUCCUGUUGUAAGCAAGACGAGUGCAGCUCCAGCCAACCUGGUAUCGACAUUGUCAGGAGGAGUCGGUGGUGGUGGUGGAAUCAUGGCGGUGCCUGCUCUGGGUGGUGGGGGAGUCCCGGGAAUGGCAACGCCACAGUUGUUAGAUCAGCAGCAGCAGCAACAACAGAUGCCGUGCUGA